AUGUCUGAGAUAGCACAGUCGGCCCGGCCGCGCGAGAGCCGCAACGGCGGAAACGACGGGGCGACCACUUCGACCCCCGUAUCCAUAUCCACGACACACGCGGGCGAACGGAAAACGCUGGACAAACAGAGCGUCGACUACCUCUGGCGGUCCGGCGUCGCCGGCGGUGUGGCCGGCAGCGUGGCCAAGACGAUCGUGGCGCCGCUGGACCGCGUCAAGAUCUUAUUCCAGGCGAGCAACCCGCAGUUUGCAAAGUAUUCGGGCUCCUGGUCUGGCGUUGCACACUCCAUGCGCAUCAUCUACCAGCAGGACGGCGUCACGGGCCUGUACCGCGGCCACUCGGCAACGCUGCUGCGGGUGUUCCCGUACGCAGCCGUCAAGUUUAUUGCGUAUGAGCAGAUCCGGUCGUUUAUUAUCCCGCACAAGGACAAGGAGACGCCGCUGCGGCGGCUGCUGAGCGGCUCGCUGGCUGGCGUGACGUCGGUGUUUGUGACGUACCCGCUCGAGGUGAUCCGCGUGCGGCUGGCCUUUGAGACGCGGCGCGACGGGCACUCGACACUGGCUUCCAUCUGCCGGCGCAUCUACACGGAGCAGUCGAUCGACCGGAAUGCCGCAGCGACUGCGGCGACCAACGGCAGCAAGGAGGGCGUGGCGGCAGGUGUCACGGAAGCCGUGGCCGCCACCCUGCCGCGGUCCGGGCUGCGCAACUUUUACCGCGGCUUCACGCCCACCAUUCUGGGCAUGCUGCCCUACGCCGGCAUGUCCUUUCUGACCCACGACACGGCCGGCGACGUGCUGCGGAUGCCCAUGUUUGCCAAGUACACGACACUGCCCGCGCCGCCCAAUGCACCGGUCGACAAGCCACUGCCGCUGCGGUCGUGGGCCGAGCUGCUGGCGGGCGGUGUGGCCGGUCUGGUUUCGCAGACGGCGUCAUACCCGCUCGAAGUGAUCCGGCGGCGCAUGCAGGUGGGCGGUGCGGUGGGCGAUGGCCACCGGCUGCGGAUUGGUGAGACGGCGUCGCUGAUUAUGCGGGAGCGCGGCAUCCGCGGGUUCUUUGUGGGUCUGACGAUUGGCUACGUCAAGAUUGUCCCGAUGGCGGCCGCGGCGUUUUACACGUACGAGCGGUUAAAACGGGCAUUUGGUAUUUAA